GGAAGGAGGAGGAGGAGGAUGAGGAGAAGUAUCAUCCGAUCGAGGAGGUGCGGCUGACUGUGCCGCCAACAGACGACCCGACCCUGCCGGUGCUAACUUUCCGGACGUGGUUACUAGGGCUCACAUCGUGCGUCCUGCUGGCGGCCGUGAACCAGUUCUUCGCCUACCGCCAGAACCCGAUAGGCCUGUCUGCAUUGACCGUGCAGAUCGUGGCCCUCCCGAUUGGGAGGUUCAUGGAACGAGUCCUGCCCACCACGACUUUCCGCGUGCCGUUGACGGGCUGGUCCUUCACUCUCAACCCCGGCCCGUUUAAUGUCAAGGAGCACGUCUUGAUCCUCCUGUUUGCGGGGACGGGGGCCUCUGGUGUGUAUGCCGUCGGGAUUGUCAACAUCGUCAAGGCGUUUUAUCACCGGAAUAUGAAUAUGGGGGCCGCCUGGCUGUUGGCACAAACCACACAGGUCAAUUUCAUAUGCUAUGGAUGGGCCGGUAUAUUCAGGAAAAUCCUGGUGGACUCUCCCUAUAUGUGGUGGCCUGAUAGCAUGGUUUUAGUGUCCCUCUUCAGAGCAUUGCAUGAAAAAGAAGCGAGACCCAAGGGAGGACUAUCACAACUGCAAUUCUUUAUAGCGGUAACGGUUUCGAGCUUCGCGUACUACAUAGUCCCAGCCUAUCUAGCCCCUUCCGUUUCUUCCAUUUCAAUCCUCUGUUUGAUCUACAAGGACAAGAUACUCCCCCAGCAAAUCGGGUCGGGCCUUCACGGGAUGGGAAUCGGGUUGUUCGGCCUGGACUGGUCCACCAUCACCUUCGCGGGCAGCCCCAUAGCUACCCCGUUUUUCGCCAUCGCCAACAUGCUCGUCGGCUUCUUUCUAUUCGUGUACAUUGUCUUGCCGUUGUCUUAUUACAACGAUUUUUUCGAUGCCAAGAAAUUCCCGUUAUUUUCGAGCAGCACGUUCGACCACUACGGGCACCACUACAAUGUCACGCGUGCUCUCAACGAGACCAGUUUUGAUCUUGACAUGAUUGGGUAUAGAGGUUACAGCAAGUUGUACCUUAGUAUAUCAUUUGCCUAUGUCUAUGGCAUUAGCUUUGCUGUCUUGGCAGCUACCUUUACUCAUGCCACACUUUAUCAUGGAAAAACAAUUUGGUCUCUGUGGAGCAAAACAAAGGAAAACCUGGAAGGGAAAAUGGACGUGCACACGAGGAUAAUGAGAGAGAACUAUGAAACGGUGCCCGACUGGUGGUUCCACGUACUUCUGGUCAUCGUGUUUUGCCUUUCGAUGUUCAACAUUGUUGGUUUUAAUGGACAGCUCCAACUCCCCUGGUGGGGACUUGUGAUGGCCUGUGCUAUAGCUUUUUCCUUCACUUUACCUAUCGGCAUAAUACAGGCCACGACAAACAUGCAAAUCGGGAUUAAUGUGAUUACGGAGUUGAUUAUCGGUUACAUUUACCCGGGGAGACCUCUCGCGAAUGUCACUUUCAAGACAUAUGGUUUGAUAAGCAUGUCACAAGCGCUCGACUUUGUCAGUGACUUCAAAUUUGGCCUGUACAUGAAGAUCCCUCCCAAGUCCAUGUUCAUCGGUCAGUUGGUGGGAACAAUAGUUGCGUCCUCCGUGUGCUUCUUCACAGCCUGGUGGCUCCUAACCACGGUCGACCACAUAUGCGACCCGUCCCUUUUGCCCGAGGGCAGCCCAUGGACCUGCCCGUGGGACGCUGUCUUCUACAACGCGUCCAUCAUAUGGGGCGUAAUUGGGCCCCUCCGUGUGUUUGCGUCCCGAGGCGUGUACGGUUCAAUGAACUGGUGGUUCCUGUUCGGUCUGCUAGCCCCCGUCCCUUUCUACCUCCUCGGCCGCCGUUACCCCAACAAAAAAUGGGUGAGGCUCGUCAACGUGCCACUCGUCCUGUCGGUUGCCGGCAGCAUGCCGCCUGUCCGGUCUGUGAACUACCUGAUGCUCGGGGUGGCUGCGGUUUUCUUCAACGUGUACUUGUACAGGUUCCACAAGCGGUGGUGGGCCAGAAGGGCCUACGUUUUGGCGGCAGGCCUCGAUGCCGGGAUAGGGUUCCUGGGACUGCUGUUGUUCUUCACGCUGCAGUCCAAUGAUAUCUUCGGCCCGGAGUGGUGGGGCCUGCAAGUGGACGAUCACUGCCCGCUGGCCAACUGCCCUACGGCAGCCGGGGUGGUGGUCGAGGGCUGCCCGGUUUUCUAG